AAAUUUGUGAAAUUUUGAAAAAUGUAUCAGAAAAUUUCAUUAUCUUCCACUUUCCCCCCAAACAUUUCAUUUCAGUUUCGGCUUUUUCUCAUUUCUCCCAAACACACACACAAUCAAGCCGCAACUCGGUGCCGGAAAACGCAGAGAACCGCGAGAAAGAGGGUUUUUAGGGUUUCUGUUUUUCACUGCUUCACACUUUCUGUUCGUUCGAGAUGGACACGAAAACACCAAACGGAGAACGCCGCCACAUCACCAUCAAGCUGUGGCCUCCUAGCCAGAACACAAGGCAGAUGCUAGUCGAGCGAAUGACAAACAAUCUCUCAACACCAACAAUCUUCACCCGCAAGUACGGCAGUCUCACUAACUCUGAGGGCUCAAAACAUGCCGGACAAAUCGAGGAAGCAGCAUUCGCUACUGCAAAUCAACACUACGAACAAGAGCCCGAUGGUGAUGGCAGUUCUGCUGUGCAAUUGUAUGCCAGAGAAUGCAGUAAGCUAAUAUUGGAGGUUCUCAAAGGAGGUGGCAUAAAAACAGAGGAAAAAGAGACGCUCGAAGUUGCCGAGGCCCUUUUCGAUAUCUCAAAGGGACAGCGUGCAUUUAUCGAAGAAGACGAAGCACGAACGCUUUUGAGUCCCUUAAAAGAGCUCGGAAAUUCUUACACUAAGAUUUGUUUUAGCAAUCGGAGCUUUGGUCUUGGUGCAGCUCAUGUGGCGGGACCCAUUUUAGCUUCGAUCAAGAACCAGCUGAAGGAAGUGGAUUUAUCGGAUUUUGUUGCGGGUCGGCCUGAGGCUGAAGCUCUUGAUGUAAUGAACAUAUUCUCCGAAGCUCUAGAAGGUUCUAAAUUGACUUGUCUGAACUUAUCCGACAAUGCCUUGGGCGAGAAGGGAGUUCGAGCUUUUGGGAAGCUAUUGAAAUCUCAAAACAGUUUGGAGGAACUGUAUCUGAUGAACGAUGGUAUAUCGAAGGAAGCUGCUCAAGCUGUUUGUGAACUCGUCACUUUCACUGAUAAACUCAGAGUUCUUCACUUCCACAACAAUAUGACAGGCGAUGAAGGUGCUAUUGCAAUUUCCGAGAUUCUUAACCGUUGCCCUUUGCUAGAGGACUUCCGAUGCUCGUCCACCCGGGUUGGUUCUGAAGGUGGGGUUGCAUUGACUGAGGCACUCGCGCAAUGCAAGAACCUGAAAAAACUCGAUCUUCGAGACAACAUGUUUGGCGUAGAAGCCGGUCUGAAGCUGAGCGAGGCUCUAUACAAACACGCGUACAUAACCGAGAUUUAUUUGAGUUACCUCAACCUCGAAGACGAUGGUGCAAUUGCAAUAGCUAAUGCGCUCAAAGAUACGGCGCCUUCGCUCGAGGUUUUGGAAAUGGCUGGGAAUGAUAUAACUGCGGAAGCUGCCCCUGUUUUGGCUGAAUGCAUAGCUACAAAGAAGUCUCUUGUGAAGUUGAACUUGUCGGAGAAUGAUUUGAAGGAUGUCGGCGCACUUCAGAUAAGCAAAGUAUUGGGAGAAGGGCAUAACAAAUUGAAGGAAGUCGAUAUGAGCCAGAAUUCUUUGAGGGAUUCGGCUAAGUUUUUGGCAAAGGCAUUGAUUCGUUUGAGUGGGUUCGAAUUUCUGAAUGUGAACGGGAACUUUAUUUCUGAUGAUGGUAUUAAAGAGUUGAAGGGAGUUUUCGAGGGAUGCCUCCAUAAACUCGGGCCGUUGGAUGAGAAUGACGUGGACGGUGAGGAUGAAGAUGACGAUGAUGAAGGUAGCGAGCACGAUGAAUUGGAAGCCAAACUCAAGAAACUCGAUGUCAAUGGAGAUGAAGAAGAAGAAGAAGACUAAAAGAUCUUUAGUCGGAGUAGCGAAUCGGUAGUUUUAGUUUGAUGGGACAUUUUUACCCUUAAUCCGCUUAAGCUUUUAUUUUAGCACCAUUUAUGAGAGAUGAAGCUACUUUCUGAGAAUUCUAUGUUUUGAACUGGCAAUGUGGACUUGGUGAGUUUUGGUACCCUGUUUUUGGGACCAUGGUAGUAUUAUUUAUCCUUUAUGUGUUUU